AAUUACUGAGCACACUUAUAAGUCGUUCCGGCACUGCCGCGUUGACCGUCCCGUUUGCCGGCCCCGGCGCCGGCGACGGUGAGAAUUCUCCGACUAUAUAUAUAUAUAUAUACGUACACGCCGAACAGAACUUCAAAGAGCAACGAAUAAAGCACGCUACCUCAAAACGACAGCGUUCCACUCCGCCAGACUGCCUCGUGUUUGUGUGGCUAUAACAAAAUCACAGCAGAAAAAGAUAAGCUACAAAUACAUUCCAAGGGGGAGGUCCAUCGUUGUUCGCUUUCUGAGUCUCGAGCUCCAUGGCAAGUCGCAUUACGGUGUACGGUGGCGCCGCCGCCGCGAUGUUCGUCCGCUGGAAUCGCAAAGUCGUGAGUGAAUUAGGAGCUUCUUCGGGCGGCGGCGGCGGCAGAGAGAGGUUGCAGAUUCUGGAGCAAAUCGACGAGGAAUUGAGCAAAGGAAACGAUAGAGCUGCUUUGAAUCUCGCCAGAAAUUUGCAAGGCAAACCUGGAGGUCUCUCCUGCUUCGGCGCUGCUCGCCAGAUUCCACAAAGGCUAUACACUUUGGAUGAGCUAAGAUUGAAUGGGAUAGAAACUACAUCUCUUCUGUCGCCUGUGGAUUCAACUCUGGGCGCUAUAGAGAGGACUCUUCAGGCUGCUGCUCUGGUGGGAGGAAUUUCUGCGUGGAAUGUGCUCGAAUUGAACCCUCAAGAAAUCCUCUUUUUGUCUCUCGGUUUGUUGUUCCUCUGGACAUUGGAUGCGGUUUCUUUCAAUGGUGGCAUCAGUUUCUUAGUUCUUGAUACACUUGGCCACACAUUCAGCCAGAAGUACCAUAACAGGGUUGUUCAACACGAGGCAGGCCAUUUCUUGAUUGCUUAUUUAAUUGGAAUCCUUCCCAAGGGAUACACAAUAACCAGCUUGGAUGCUUUCAAGAAGGAAGGAUCUCUCAAUGUUCAAGCCGGUACUGCAUUUGUCGACUUUGAAUUUCUUGAGGAAGUGAGUAGAGGACAAGUAUCAGCCUCUACACUGAACAAGUUCACUUGCAUUGCGCUGGCCGGUGUGGCGACUGAGUAUCUUCUCUUCGGAGCUGCAGAAGGAGGUCUUGCGGAUAUCAAUACGUUGGACAGAUUACUUAAAAGCUUGGGAUUUACUCAGAAGAAGGCAGAUGGUCAAGUGAGAUGGGCUGUUCUCAAUACAGUCCUAACAUUGCGUCGCCACGAGAGAGCUCGAGCAGUAGUAGCCGACGCCAUGUCCAAUGGACAAUCUGUCGGCUAUUGCAUCGAUGCCAUAGAGAAGACUAUUAAUGUAGCCGAGUUGUAGUUUCGCAUCCGGGUUUUCACCUUCCAGCAAAGUAGGUCCAACAAGACAAGUCACACUAGACGAAUCAUGUAUGGCACGUAAGACCCGGAGACGUUGAGGUUCGAACUCAUGAACUCACGGUCACGAGUUCAUCCCCAUACCACCAAGUCAUCUCUUACAAGGACAAUUCAUGUGUUUGUCUUUCUCUAUAUCGUGUGUUGUUUGUCUAUAUAUCAUGUGUUGUGUUGAACUAUAUCACACGUUUUAUUUGUAUUAUGUUAGUAUAAUUCGUAUUUGUCUGACUUUAUGUAAGGUGGUGUGUGUUUUUAUAUGGUGUGCUAUUGUUCCUAUAUCGUGUGAUAUUCGUUUGUAU